CGCCAGGGUCACCCCGCGGCGCGCGACCGGUCCCGGCACCCACCGAGGCUCCCACACGCCUCGUCGCGCCCCGGAUCCGUCGUCCCGCGCGAAACCCGCGUCGUCAAACCCGAGAUCGCGCGCUCGCCUCGUGGCCGUUGAAAACGGAGUGACGCACCGCACGCGUCUUUUGGGGAGCAUCCGUUCGUUGGAACCAUGGGGGGGAACGUGCGGUACGCGGCGUUCGCGCGCCUCUCCGACGGCCUCACCCUCGCGUCGUUCAAGGGCAAAGGCGCCACUAACGCCGUCACCGAGACUGCGCACAAGGUGCUCCGCUCGGGCAACCUCAAGCCGAACGGGCAGCUGACCGUCACCGUGGAUCGCACCAUCGGCACCCUCCACCUCGCGGCGGGCGACGGCGACGUCCUCGCGGUGAUCACGGCGCCGGACUACCCGCGCCGCAGCGCGUUCAAGCUCCUCGACGAGAUCCGCGAGAUGGUCCGCGCGGGGUGUCGCGCCGAGGACGUCGGCGCGGCGUCGCGCGAGGGCGAGCUGCAGUCCGCGGUGCCCGCGCUGGCGUCGACGUGCAGGCGGUACGAAGAUCUGGGCGAGGUGGACAAGCUGACGUCGGUGUCGCUGCAGGUGGAGGAGGUCAAGGCGACGAUGGAGGGCAACAUAAACAAGAUGCUGGACAACGCGGAGACGGUGGGCGCCGUGGAGGACAAGGCGGAGGCGCUGAGGGACGGCGCGCAGCAGUUCCAGCGGCGGAGCGACAACAUCAAGCGCGCCAUGUGGUGGCGCCUGUUCAAGAUCAAGUUGAUAUUCGGCCUGCUCUUCGUCGUGGUGCUGGGGUACAUCUUCAUACCGAUCAUCGUCAAGGCGUCGGAGGACUCGGAGAAGAAGUGAGCGCGCGGUUCCAGAGGGGAGUAACGACGAGGAAGGGACCGCGGCGGGGUAGUCGGUUGUUUGUACGAAGUUAACAUGGGGGU